UUGUGCUCUUGUGAGGCGAAAGAUGGCAUCCUUCAUCUUAACUGCGAGCAGAGGAACAUCAGCAAAAUCUCCCAAAUCAAAAUCCCGUCAGGGUUCCCCUUUCACCUGAACCUUUACAAGAACGACUUGGUGGAGCUCCGUGCCGAGGAAAUGGAAGGGCUUAGGGGUGCCCUUUCACUGCACAUCGGGGGUAAUAGCAUACAAGAGCUGGAACCAGGGGUCUUUAGCACUCUUGGUUCACUGAGAAAGCUCCACAUAAAUAGCAAUUUCCUUGUGACUCUGAGAGAGGACACUUUCCAAGGCCUGGUGAAUUUAGAGUUUCUGCAAGCUGACACCAACUUCAUUCGUGUCAUCGAGCCAGGGGCCUUCAACAAACUCAUCCGCCUCAAAGUCCUCAUCCUUAAUGAUAAUGGCAUUGAAUUUUUACCAAGCAACAUUUUUCGCUUCGUGCCCCUCACACACCUGGACCUGCGUGGCAACAAGCUCCAGACACUGCCCUUUGUGGGGUUUUUGGAGCACAUCGGGCGGAUUAUGGAACUCCUCCUGGAGGACAACGACUGGGUGUGUGACUGCGACAUUUUGCAUUUGAAAAUCUGGAUUGAGAACAUGCGGGCUCAGUCCGUCAUCGGGGAUGUGGUGUGCAGUACACCGCAGCACCUAAAGGGGACCAUUCUCGCCAAAGUGAAGCGGGACGUCCUAUGUCCAUCCCAUGCAGACAUUAACUUUGAAGAGCCAUCAAAGUCUAUGGAUAUGGUUGUCACUCCCUCGUCCAAAGUGUCUCAAAUUCCUAAGUUGAUCGAUGCCAAAGAUGACGGCAGGUUGCCGACACCAUCUCACAUCCCCGGCAGUCCCUGUGUGGAGCACUGUUCCUGUCACAAUGACCCCGUGGCUGGCUUUUUGAUGCAUUGUAAGGACAGAGGAAUUCAGAAGGUGUCAGAUAUUGGAAUACUUCAGCAAAGCCCAACCAAGCUGGUCAUGACCGGGAAUAUGAUUCAGAAACUCUUGAAAUAUGAUUUUGUCACAUAUGAUAGUUUGGAACUGCUGGACUUGGCAAACAACAGGAUUGAUUACAUUGAUAAUGAAACUUUCCUGAGUUUAAGCAGUUUGAAAAAACUAUGUUUGAAUGGCAACAGAAUGGAAAAACUGUUCUCCACAAUGUUUGUCGGUCUCCACAACCUUGAAGAUUUGUAUCUGGAAUACAACCUAAUCAAAGAGAUUGCUCCGGGCACAUUUAAUCCCUUGCCAAACCUGAAGCUUUUGUCAUUAAAUAACAACCAGCUUAGCUCGCUCCCAGCACAGAUAUUCCGCAACGUACCCCUAGCUAAAUUAAACCUGAGAAAAAACCGUCUUAUGCACCUUCCAGUGAGCAACGUGCUUGAUCAACUUGACUCGCUUGAGGAGAUUUAUUUAGAGGACAACCUCUGGGACUGCAGCUGUGACUUACUCAGCCUUAAACAAUGGGUGGAGAAAGUGGGAAAGGAUGCUGUGGUGGGGUCCAUUUUGUGUCACACCCCAAAGAAAGUGAUGCAGACUGAGCUCAGAAGCCUUCAUCAUGAGAUGCUGUGUCCAGGUUUGGGGACCUACAACCCAGUGGCUCCGGGGGAGGAGAGUGUCACAGCCACCUUGGGCCCUGCUGGUGGCGAUCGGGGUUUGUUCAUCUCGCUCACUGACACCAUUCCUCUCUCUGUGCUCAUAUUGAGCCUUCUGGUUUUCAUCCUCAUGAUUAUUUUCUGCUCAGCCGGUUUGGUGGUGUUUGUGGUCCAUCGGCGGCGGCGGCGAGCGAAGAGGAAAGCUGCCGAGGAGCAGCCGCGAGAAAACACCAGCAGCAGCUCCCCCAUACACCUACAUUACAGCAUGUACGGGCAGAAAACCACACACCACACCCUGACACAAAGAACUGGCUCUGCUAAUCUCUACGAGGACAGAUCCCACAGCCCCAUCGUGCAGAUUUGUCGCAACCCCACCUACUGCUCCCAGCAUAAGGAGCACGACACGGAUUUGGAUUACAGCCUGGACGAAUCCAACGCCAAGCAUCACGUCUGCCGUAGCAUCAUGGAGAAGGAAAACACUUCCCCCCUCACAGGAAACCCCAGCUCCAAGUUCAGAGCCGUGGCUGGAGAGUACCCCGCAGAGUUUGUCACUCUCGGGAAGCCCAACUCCUUGUACAGGAAUAUUUUGGAGAGAGAAGAGCUGCAGCAGCUUGGAAUAACAGAGUACUUCAGGAAAAACAUGCCCCAGCUUCAGGCUGCUGUGGACAUGCAGGUCCCCGGGCACCAAGAGGAGUUAAAGCUAAUGGAGACAAUUAUGUACACGAGACCACGCAAGGUCAUGCUUGAGCAAACUAAGAAUGAGUACUUUGAACUUAAAGCUAAUCUGCACACUGAGCCAGACUAUUUGGAGGUUCUGGAGCACCAGACUACUUUUAACUGA